AUGCCACAUCCGUGUGUUGUAUGCGGUCGUUCGCGUAUGAAUCCAAACAACAAAGAAGAGGAAUAUAUGUUUUUUGGAUUUCCUGUUAACGAUGAAGCUCGUUGUAGAAAGUGGUUGGAAUUUUGUUGCCGUGAGGAUUUGUAUAAACUUACAAAGAAACAAUUACUUCAACGUAUGGUAUGUUCCAAGCACUUCGAGCCAAAGGAUUUUUUAAAUGAAUACUUCGACAGAUUAAACUGUACCGCAGUACCCUCAAUUUAUGAUCCUAAACAAAGUUUGUAUAACAUAACCUGUGUAUUAUGUGGCCGAUUUCGUCGAGAUCCAUCGGAUUUAGAUUAUGAUGGUGUGACAUUUCAUCAUUUUCCUGGCGAGGAAUUUCGAUGUUUAAAAUGGCUCGACUUCGUUGGCGUAGAUUCAUAUUACAGAUUGACAAGAAAGGAAAUUUUGUUUUGUUACAUUUGUUCAAAACAUUUUGAUCGUUCUCAAUUUAUGCCUGGUUAUAAAAGCAGAUUGAUAGACAAUGCUGUUCCCAAUAUUAGAAAUCCUGAUCAGUUAGAUGGAUCUGAGCAAUAUAUUAUGGAAUUUGUAUUUGAUUCAAAAUAUAGUUCCUCAGAGAAACCUAAGAAAUUAGAGCCUUUACCGCCUGCUGUCUUGGAAAGUCAAGCGUGUGCUGCUUGUGGUAGAUCAAGAUCAGAUCCAAAGAAUAAAAUAGAAAGAUACAAGUUUCAUCCUUUUCCAGCUUAUGAAAUAGGCAGAUGCCUAAGAUGGUGUCAGUUUUUGGGUAGAGAGGAUUUAUUGAAAAUGUCUCCAAAUCAAAUAAGAAAGUUAACAGGACAAAGUUUUCAUAAGGUAGGACCAUGUGAUGCAGUUCCGACUAUAAAGGAUGUAUCGCAACUAGACUGUGUCAAUUCAACAGAAAAAAUAGAAGAUGACCAAGAUAUGUUAGAAGAAGCUAAUUGUAAUAAUACUAAAGAAAUUAAGAAACAAGGUUUUUCAAGACCUUUAGUAUCUAGUAAAAAGCCAAAGGUAGAUAAUAAGCCAACGCCUCUUGCAAAGAAACGUGGGAAAUCUAAAAGGCCAACUCUUAUUAACAUUCCAAGGCCUGAUCCUAAUAAUAUUGAAAAUCGUGUGAUAAGAAAAUUACCACUUCCUCCUACUUCUAACUGGAAAAUUCAAUUCACAGAUCAAUUUCAGCCUAUAACAAUAGCAAACCAUGUUACAUCAAAUAUUCCAAAUAACAUUCAAGGCAACAUAAAGAAGGUUAUUCUACCAUUCACUGGUGAUAUAUCAAAUUUAGGUGCUCCUAUCCCAGUGCAUAGUUUAUCCAGUAUCCCUCCAGGUUUAUUAAUUAAAAUAGAUCUUCCUGAACAAGAACAACAAAAAAUAAAAGCAAUGAAACAGCAAACUAAACCAAAAAUAACACAUAUUUCUACUAUCUCUAAUGAAAUUAACACAAGACAGCAAGUGUGGGUACAAAAUGGUGAAGCUUCAGUUACAUUGCCAGUUAUAAAACAGAACAAACAAGAGACAGAAGAAACAGAGGAUAAAGUAAUUACUGAAGAAUUAGAAGUACAUGAAGAAGUUGUAUUGCCACAUACAUUAGAAGGAUUAAAUGAAGAAGAAAGUAAUGUAAAAGAAGAGCAGUUUUAUGAGGAUUUUGAAGAAGUAGAAUGUUUAUCACAACAAAAACCUGUGAGACGUAAAAGGAGUUCAAAAACAAUGAGAAGAACAAUUUUUCCUAUUAGAAGUGAAGUCAAAUACUUUUUACGCAAAUUGGCACCUCAUAUGCAUAGACUUCCUAGAAGAGCUAGAGCACAGAUGAAACUUGCAAUUGUCAAUAUGGUAAUUGAUCACUUGUAAAUUUGCUAAAAUAUAAAUAAAUGAUAGUAUUUUUAAGAGUAUAUAAUUAAGUAUAUAAAUUAUAUGCACACAGUUACUUAUACAUGUACUAAGAGAGACGAGACCCGUGAAACAGUGAUAAUUAAAAUAUAUUAUUUUUAUUAUAUAUUUAUAACACGAUGGUGAUAGGCAUGAUAAUAAUAGGUUUAAAGUAACGAAAUAUUUUGUAGAGUACAAAUGAUAUCGAGCAAAUUCUUUAAUCAUUUUUAUGUUAUUUAAUUUUGUUAUUGUUGACAUUUAAAAAUGACAGAGAUAUAGUGAUGUUACAAAGGUUCAAAAAAAGCUUAAAAAUUUUUUAAGAAUUAAUUAAAAAUUAAUGUUAUAUUUCAAAGUCUUGAUAGGGAGUAUAAUUUCAAUAUAUAACUUAUGUGAAUGUAUCUGUAUGUAUGUACAUAUAUAUUCAUAUGUUCAUAUAUAUAUAUAUAUAUGUACAUUGUAUAUGUAUAGAUUGAUAUUAGCUGCAGGAUAUGUAAAAAGAUUUGUAAAAAGAUGGUGCAAUAAAAUUUUUUCAAAAAAUAUUGAGAUAAGAAAAAAACAAUUUAAAUAUGUAUUUUUUUGAUCAGUUUGAAUAUUUUUUCAAAUAUACAAUGUCUAAUAUUUAUUUAAUAUAUUUCAAAUGUGCAAAUAUAUAUCAUAAAUAUUACAUAGAAGUUUAAAGUUUACGGAGUAUAAAUUUUAGGGGUAUUAAGUUUGAUGUAAUUGGUAACCACAUUUUAUUUACAUUGGACGCAUUGAUAUUUAAUUGUUCUUGAGGAUAAAGAAGUAUUGGUUUAGAAAUAUCUUCAUUUAAUUUAAUACGGUUUCUUAUCCAUAGAACUUUUGCUGAAGCAAUUGGUUCUAACAUAAAUGGUUGAAAUUAGGAUGCUAUUUAAUUAAGUAAAUUAAAUUGUAUUUUUACAUACCUAUAUUUAUUUUAGGUUGUAAAUAGUGUUCUGUACCAAUGCUAUAAGACCUAA